ACGGGGCGUGAAGAUGGCGGCCGCUCUGUCCCGGGCGCUGAAGCUUCCAGGGAAAAAGAUUCAUGAUCUGGGAGAGUACGACCCACUCUGUCAGGCUGACAGUGAUGACAGCGAGGAUGAUAGCGAUCUUAGCUUCCAGAAAAAUGGCAAUGUCCAGACUGAGGGCAGUGUCGAGGCUGUGUGUGACAGAGACACCGAUGCCGCAGUCGAAAUGCACACGCUGAAAACGAAGCAACGGCGGCCAGAUGAACCCAGCUCAGCGGAGGUCCGUGCGACUGAGGUCUCCGACGAGUUUACUGUUAAAGCCAGAAUCUCGCUUGUCCCUUGCCUCCGGACCACUGCCUUCCUCCUCACCCUUGCGUUCGCCAUGGUCCUCGUUCUGGUCUGCGCUUUCUUCAUCCCGUGUCCAAGGAGCCAGCCACAGAUGACCUCGUGGAACCGAAGCCUAGGCCAAGCAGCCAGUUUCCCUCCUGUGAUGACGCUCUGGGAUGUUAAUGAUGACCAAGUUUCUGAUGUAAUUAUUUCGUUCGGUUCCACCGGGAAAGUCCGAGACCAGAAAGGAGGCCUCAGGCCACAAGCUGCAUUGAAACUUCACGUGUCGGUAGCAGUGUUAUCUGGGGUUGACGGCAACAUUCUGUGGACAUCCCUGGCCCCAGAGCAACUGAAGUUUAUCCAGUGCGGCAUCGGCUAUCUAGGAGGGCCAGGUUCCGUCUGCCUGCUGAUUGGAAUUAGUCACAUAUUGAAGGCUGUUAACAGCAGCUCAGGAAGUAGCCUAUGGGAAAUGAAGAGCAUGUACCAGUCCCAUAAGACUCCAGCCGCCCCAGCUGUGCUGCUCCCAGACAUAGAUGGUGAUGGAUUUGCAGACUUGCUGCUCGGGAGCAGACCUACUGUGCUGACCAGUCGGCUUCGUGAAAUCUCCUUUGUAUUUGUGUCAGGAGCAACAGGGGCCUUGAUUGGCCGGUCAGUUUCUUACAAUGUCACCGGUGAGGGCAAGCUGAUUGGUCCAAAGGCCUGUAUGUCUGGAGGAGGCACGCUGUACGUUCUGUUUGGCUAUGGAACCAUCCAAGCUGUGGCUGUGAGGGACAUUUACACCCAAGCGAAUGGCAAAGGCAGCUUGCCUCCAUCUCUACAAAGCCAGGACACUCUAUGGGAAUGGAAGAGAAAUGGGAACCUGUCUGGAUUGUUGGAAGUGUACAGCAGCAAUGAUUCUGUGAGGGACGUACAGACGCUGAGCAGACAUGGAGGGAGUGACAGUGACAUAUUGAUCACCACAAAGAGUAGAUUGCACCGUCUGAGUCGGCAGCAUCUCCUGCAAUUAUGGUCAGCGAACGGAAGCAGCAUUGACAGUUCUCCUGUCACUGGCUUCUUCAACCAAGACGACGUCCUGGAUUUCCUGAUCCAGAUCACGAGCAGGAGCAACGUGAGAGAGAGUUUAAUUAUUGACGGGAGUUCAGGUGAGGAGCUUUGGAAAGCAAACAUGGACUGUCGCAUCCAGGAAGCAGCCUCUAUACCAAUGUCCAAUGGGAGAUCUGCGUUUCUGUUCUGGGCCAAGGAAUGUGGAGUGGCCCACUUGGCUCCGACGACAGACUCUGACACUCCGAGCCAGUAUCACCUGUACCUCCUGCACCCGUUGUAUCCUAGUGUCCUGCUGGAACUGGCCAACAGCACAGCAGUUGUGACUGCAUCAGCAACUGGAUUACUGGAGCAACAGAAAGACGCUUUUUACGUUACCGUGACAAUGGACACCACACGCUGGUCUCGCGAAAGUGGCACCGGGCACCUGAUGGUGACUGGCCUGGGCCUGAACUGGGCAAUUUCCCACAGCAGGACGGUGGCCCUGGAGGACGGAGCCGUUGGCGCCAUCCGGAAAUUUGUCUCCAAGAUCCAGUUUUCUGCUGCCCAGCACUGACGGUCACUACAGAGACCAACCUGAAGCAACACGUGGAACAGAAGCUCAUUUGCCACUUCCUGCAGGAAUUUUGCAUCCCAAUCACUGGUUCCCUCAUGGCGGUGUCCCUGCUACCUCCCGAUAAUUCCGCUCCCUCCCCUGCUACUCUCUAUCUCCCUCCCAGCCCCUCACUAUCCUCACAGGAGCUCCUCACUUGAUCUGGGCGAUAACUUGAAAAUGAUUUCUGAGGCAACAAUCCUAGCCAGGGCUUUCCCACUAGUUACUGGCUCAAUCAGAACAGUAUUUCAAAAGAAUCCAACUCCUUCUGUUUGCUACAACCAUCCGGCAGUUUAACCCCAAUGUGUAGUUGACUGCGUUCAGCCAUCUCCACGUGAGGAACCACGUCUGCCUGUUGUCCACCAGGACCCAGCUUUAAAUGAGGCUCUCCUUGAUACAGGAAUGGGGAAGUCGUUCCCACAGGAUCCUCUUUAAGGCACACACUUUUACACGCGUUGCCCAUUGUAACUGCACUUUAGAUUAGAGCAAUCUUGUGUCUUAUUGUAGCUACAAUCUAAAAUUAUUUAUCAUUAGAGUUUAUUAUAGUCUUUGCUGAACCAAUCAAAAGCUUAAAUGUGAACUUAAACUGAAGAAAAUAUAGAAAAGAUUUGUAGAUGAUAUAUAUGUAUAUAGGAGCUGGAGUAGGCCUAGAUCGAUAGAUUGUAAAUAGAUAUAUCCUAAAAUGUUUCUAUGUGAUUUAAACAAAUUUAAUAUAUAAGAUACUGGAGUUUCAUGGUGUUUAAUUUGGCAACAACUUGGUGCCCUUCUUGAGAGACAAGGAGAAUGUGACCUUUGACUUGUUCACUGGAACCCUGAGGGCACCAGGACAUCUUCAUCUACAGAUUAUGAUGCAGUUUUUGUAUCUCCAAAUAUCAAAAGAUCUUUAAUCCUUCCCUGUGGUUAUUUCAGACAAUGGGUCAGUUACAGGAGGGAUCUCUCACUGUCAACAUCGUAUCUGACACAUAGAAACAGGCCAAAAUGUAGAAUCAGCCUCCCCCUCUCUCUGUCUCUCACACACACGCACACUCUCUCUCAAACUGUCUCGGGCUCGCACUCUGUGUCUCUCAGGCACGCACGCACGCACGCACUCUCCCCCUCCUUCACACUCUCUCUCUUCCCCCCCCCACCGCGCUCGCUUGCUCCCUCCCUCGCUCCUCCUCACUCCCCCUCGCUCGCACCCUCACCCUCACCCUCCCUUGCCCUCCCUCACUUGCUAUCAAGCUCUCUCUCUCGCUCGCCCUCCCUCCCUCGCUCGCUCACACAAAACAAGGCUGAGCUCUGCAGUAACAUGGGACUGGUCUGGUGACACUCCCUCCCACUGAAAGGCAGUUAAGACACUCUUACAACAAUGUGUUGAAGGGCACGUGUUUGUUUGCACCCUGACCCUGUUCUGUACGUAAUCAGUCAGUCCCUGUCUUCCUUCAUAUACAUUUCCCAUGCCCAUUUCUGUAUUUUCUGGAAGCAUUGUAACCCACGCUAACAUUAUUUUGUUCCAGUCUGUGGCUACUCCUAUCCAAAUCAUGAGAAAUAGGAUUGCCAGUAAACCAUUUGGCCUAUUGAACAGUGUAGCAGAUUCAAUGUGGCUGACCUUGGGCUUCAACUUCAGUUUCCCUCCUGCUCCCCUAAUCCCUCAAUUUCCAAAUUGAGACCAAAGUUCUUCGAUCCCAAAUUUAAUGUAUUCAACGAUGAAGCAUGAACAAUUGUCUAGAGUCGAAAAUCGCAAAGGUUUGCAGUCUUUGAAUGGUCAUCACUUCUCCUUUGUGUCCUAAAUGAUCUGACUGUUGUAGUAAGACUGUGCUGCUCAAGUCCCAAUCCCCUGACAAGGGAGAACAGUCCAUGCGCCUACUGUCUCUCAAUCCUGUCCAGGAUCUGCUAUGGUUCAAUGAGAAUUGCUCUCAUUCUCCUGAACUCCAGACAACAUGGACCCAGCCUCCCAUCACAGGGACAGUCGCUCCAUCCCAAGAAUUAGUGAACCAACACUAUACCACAUCCAAUGCAGUGUAUCCUUUUGUAAAUGUGGAGACUUAAACUGCAAAUAGUAUUCUCUGAGAAUAAAAGCCAAGAUGCCGUUUGCCUCCCUAA